CAGGCAGACGCGAUAGGGACCGCCGCGAGCGUUGUCGGCCUCAUUGGCGCGCUGCUGAAGACCAUUCAAGAAAUUCAAAAAGCCCGAGAACGAGUAAAGAACGCGCCAAAAAGGCUCGACGAAAUCUCCGUGUUACUCCAAGUCACCUCGCAGACGGCUAGUCUCGUCAGAGAGGAGCCCAGGUUACAGACACCUGCGGUUAUCCAUCAGCUCGAGAUACUGAACACAAUCGCGGAGGAGCUGAAACAGCUUUUAAAAAAGCUGGACAAGAAGAGCCGGAAAUACCGGCUUCGGAAACUCGCUCGUGCCGUGAGGAUACAAGAUGCGGAUGACACUGAGCUGGCCAACAUUACGAACCGUUUAACCGAUGCCAAAGCGGAACUAGGCACUCGAAUGCUUGUCAUCCACGUAGGUCUGACGGGAAACCUAGAGGAUGGCUUCAGAGUUAUGCUCAAGGUUCUUGAGGAAAUUAACUCAAAAGUGUUCCAUGUGCUGGGUGAAAAUCUUACUCUAGUUGACCGACUUCGAAGCAGAGGUUUUACAAUUGUUGGGAAUGGCGCUAUCCCUCUAGGGCCAGCUGAUAUCCAAUCCCUGCAGUUGGAAAACGAGCUCCCAUCUCAACGGUCUACCGCCGGUGGCAGCUAUGUACGAAAGUCGUUGGAUUUUGGCGACUCCGAGUUUCUCUUCAACCUGUCUUCCAUCCAUCCCGAUCUAGACACAGCAUCUCGUCAACAGUUUGGAUACCAGAGCUCGGCAAAAUCUUUUGACUCUAGAAGACUUGCUAGCGAUCUGCAGGAACAAAAUGGAAAGCCGUUUAUCUUCGUUGACGAUGAGACUGGACUGGGUCAUUCCAUGUUCUCAUUGUCGGUUCUUACCUCUAGGCCUCUUAUGUAUCAUCGAGAUGAUAUCACGGCUUACUUCUUUUGCAAAGAUCCUCAAAGCGAUCCACUAUCACCCAUCACAACGUCAACAAUCCUCGGUGGAUUGGCCUACGUCUUGCUUCGGCAUUCCGAUGGACCGGAGCUUCUGACGCGAAUGAACUGCACCUUUGGGCACGAGCUCAAAAUAUCUAGAGCCGAAGUCUCCCGAGCCGGCUUAUUCCAUCGCAUGCUAGGUGAAAUUUUUCGACAUGCUGCUUCGCGGCAAAGACGCCCUCUUGUGAUCGUAAUCGACGGAAUAGACUUCGAAGGCAGCGAAGGGGACAGUGCAGACUCAAAUAUCUCUCGCCUGAUAUACCACAUCCAGCAGCUCCAACAUGAGAAUCCGGAAACUUGUCUGAAAUGGGUCUUAACCGGAAAAUUCUCAGAUACCUUACGGGGGCGGCUUAUGGAGUUAGCAACGGGUGCAGACACCACUGAGAUCAUCCUCAAACCUGACGAUGUGGCAGCAGCUUUUGGACUCCAAGAAGCUAUUCACAUAGUUGCGAAGACAGCAGCAGUUUGGGGGCAUUUUAUGGAAUAUGGAGUGACGGCUCAAACAAAUCUUACGAACGAUGACAUCUCGUGGUUUCGUUAUUGCAAGUUAGCACAGUCAUGGUGCGCGAAGCCAAGAGAGAGUGAACACGAUUCAAGAGUGUUGUGGCUUCGGAAAGGUCUUCACUCAUUCUCGGCCGCAAAUGGUAUCGGACUCCAAGUAGCUUCAGGCAAGCUCCUCAGCAAGGAAGAGUCACCGGUUGUGGCGUUCUUCUCCCUUGCGACAUUCGAGGCCGGCGCCAAUCAGUCACCAACAUCUGGUCGUGAGCAAAUGAAUCAAGCACAGGUUGUUUGGUGCAUUGUCGCACAGCUCCUUCGCGGGCAACUUGGGCCCGAGUCUUCGCUCGCUGAGAUUCUUGUGCGACUUUCUCCAAUAGAAAGAGAAGCUCUCAAUUCAAUUUGCUCAGCCUUCGGGGAGCCGGAGGCUUCCUUCAAGCCCAGUGCUAACGGCGACGAUCCUGCUUCGCCUGUGCCGGAAACGAUCACUUCCUGGUAUCGUCAAAUCAGAGGUCUCACUCAGGAUUAUUUUUCCAAGGUUGCUACUGUCAUGAGCGCUUGUCUGGAGGAUAUCAGGAAGGAUGUCAAAUGCGUCGUGCUGAUUCUCGACGGUCUCGAGCUUCAAUCCCAGAGUGCUCGUAUGAGACUGCUCACAUGGAUCGCCGAGCUUGGCCAUGGUGUCAGAGCUCUCCUUUGCGUUGAUGAUUCUCGCAAAGACAGCACUGGCGUCGAGUCAAGAUGGGCGGAGGUCAUGUCGAAUGCUCUCAUUGUGGACGAAACUACGGAGUGGCGAGAAUGCGUUGAAAGCCUGCGGUUCGAUGGCAUGCACCAAAGGCGAGAUCAAGUCGCAGAUCCGCUGCCUGCCACCAACCAGUGGCUCUGGGAAACUGAAGAGUUCCAGGAGUGGAAAUCUUCUGGUAAAGUCUUGUUGAUAAUGGGUAAAGCGGGAAGCGGCAAAUCGGUUCUAGCGAAGAACAUCCAACGGCGUCUUCAAAGGGAUGUUCCAAACGGCGAUCUUGAUGACGAUCCGUUCGUAUGUGACUGGUUCUAUUCAGCCCGAGGGCCUGAUUUUGGCGCCAAAGAUGCUUCGAUGCUGCGCGCUCUUACUUUCAACAUCCUAAGCUCAAGCAAGACGACUUUCGAAUCUGCGACAGCUAUCUAUCGAGCAAGAUUCGAUGCUGAACGGCAGGAUGACGACUGGUUGCUAUCGGAGCUGUCAGACCUUUUCACGACACUCGCGCUCAGCCCUUCAACGCCCCGAACACUCGCAGUGAUCGACGCAUUAGACGAGUCAGAGAGCGUGACAGGAUCAUCCAGUCUCAAAUCAGCGCACAAGAAUUUUGAUUUACUGCAGAUAUUUACCGAGAUUGCGAGUGCCUGGAACAGCCGCCUCCGCUUCGUCUUGCUGAGCAGGCCUGAAUCCGUCAUCUCCAAAAAGCUGAAUAAUUGCUUGGAGAUUAAGAUGGAGCAGUACAACCACCGAGAUAUUUCCAUCAUGAUUGGAGGCGGUAUCAAGAAACUUCGAGUGGCCUGGCACAACGCAGUCUCCUCCGACUCAGACGACAACCCGGCGAAUUUCUACGAAAACUCCAACGUCUCAACUGACUCUCAGUCUCAGAAAAUCCAGUCUUCCAAUGACAACCUCAAGAUACAGGAGGAUACGCUAGGCGAAAUACGCGCGUACUUAGAAACUCACGCAAAUGGCGUGAUGCUCUGGGUCAUCUUGGUUCUUCGAAAACUUUUGCUCUUGAUCGAAAACAAGAGAGGGUUUACAGUCCAGGGGCUGAUUGCCUCGCUUACUGCAUCACCGCCAGAGGUUGAAGAAAUUUAUAUCAAAUUUCUCGAAGACCUUAAAGUUUCUAGACAGGCAUCCUACCGAAGUGCUGCAGAAGGCGAGAGGGACCCAAUCCUGGUGCUGGAAGUGGCCUUGGCACCUUUGCUGCGAGAUGGAAGGCUGAUAUAG